AUGGCGGGCAACAACAAUUCAGGUUGCUGGGCAGUCCCAGAGAUUUACGAACACCAUGAACAGCGGAAAGUUUGCAUUUCAAGACCAAAAUAUAGAGAGGGACGAAAAGCUAAAUCGGUUAAGGUGUACACCAUCAACUUGGAGUCGCGUUACCUGAUGGUCCAGGGGGUCCCAGCUAUUGGAGUGAUGACAGAGCUGAUCCAGCUGUGCGCCCUGUACGGAGCUGUGGAGGAAUACAGACCCCUGGACGAGUAUCCAGCUGAGGAGUUCACUGAGGUCUAUCUAGUCAAGUUCCAGAAACUCACCAGCGCCAGAGCUGCCAAACGACACAUGGAUGAGAAGAGCUUCUAUGGUGGUGUGCUGCAUGUGUGCUAUGUCCCUGAAUAUGAGACAGUGGAGGACACCAGGCUGAAGCUGCAGGACCGCAGGAGAUACAUAAUAAGGGCGGCUCAGAAUAAAGCCAGAGAAAAGGAGCAGGAGCAGGCAGUGAGCGAAGAGCCUACACCAUCAGACACAACAUCAGAGAAGAUCUCUGCCAGACAUGAGCCAACCUCAGACUGUGAUAAUACAGGGGAGAGUUCAAACGUGGGACAUUUUUCAAGCUUUCCUUUACUGCCGUUACCUCCCCAGGAACAUCCUUACUACAGACAUGAAAAUCAACGCAGGACUGUGACAACAGAGGACAAAAUGGGGACAUUACAUAAUGUGAUCAUGGACAAAAAGCAACAGCCAGUGCAGAGUCCAUGCUCCAGCCAAAUCUCUUCACAUACAGACAGAGGCAAAGAGCACAGACUGGCCUCGAGUCAGACCUCUGCUAUCAGAUUUCUACCGAGGAACGCUCACUUGGAGAACAGAAAACGUAAGAUGGAAGAGGUUGCGGAGCAUUCACUGACUGACGUUGCCGGGAAAAAUGAGCCACUAAUCGGGCCAAAACUACCUGACCAACCGAAAUUGGAGAUGGAGGAUGAAUCAUUGAAUACAACUGUCAGCCUGAUCAGGAACACAAUGAAACAGGUGGAAUCUGUUCCUAACCUGAAACCAGUGGAGAAGAAGAUGAAACAACGUCGCCGGAUCUGAUAAAACCAGCUUUGUUAUAUAUGACUAUGAAAAAUGAACAUUGAGAUUGUUUAUUUUGGCAGCUUUAAUUUAUACAUUUU